AUGACCGCUACCAGAUGCACCAAGUUCAAACUGAACACAGGGGCUGAGAUCCCUGCCCUAGGCUUUGGAACGUGGCAGGACGAAGGGGCUCAGUAUGAGGCAUGCUUAAAGGCACUUCAGGUUGGCUACCGACACAUCGAUACAGCUAGAGUAUAUGGCACCGAAGCUGCGGUCGGCAGAGCCAUUCGCGACAGUGGCAUUCCACGGAAGGAGAUAUUCGUGACAACCAAACUUUGGAACACUGAUCAUCACCCAGACGAUGUCGAAGUUUCGCUAGACGCCUCGUUGAAGGAUCUGGGAGUUGAUUAUGUCGACCUCUAUUUGCUUCAUUGGCCCGUUGCCUUCCAGCGGGGUGGCCAAUCGCCAUUUCCGGUAGACGACAAGGGCAAGAUCAUUCACGAGAAUAUUGAUUAUGUGGAUACAUACAAGGCAUUGGAGAAAUUGUUUGUCACCGGGAAGACCAAAGCCAUUGGAAUAUCCAAUUUUUCCAGAGCAGAACUCGACCGCCUCCUUGAAAAGACUGACGUUGUUCCCGCCGUUCAUCAGAUGGAACUCCAUCCGUGGCUUCAACAAACUUCGUUCCACGAAUUCAACACCAGCAAAGGCAUCAACGUAACUCAGUACUCGUCCUUGGGCAACCAAAACGAGAUCUACAGUCUAGGAAUGACCACCCCUACUCCAAGACUCAUCGAGGAUCCCACCCUUGUGGAGGUUGGUAAGAAAUACGGCAAGACAGCUGCCCAGGUCGCACUGGCAUGGGGUAUCGCCCAUGGGCGUAGCGUGCUAGUAAAGUCCAAGACACCAUUACGUAUUGAAGAAAAUCUACAAGGCGACUUCGCGCUAGACGCCGAGGACGUGGCGAAGUUGGACAAGAUUGACAAGAAGUUGCGAUUUGGAGACCCAUCGAACGUUUUUGGCUGCAACUUGUUUUCUGAUCUGGACGGCAAGAACAAAAACUAA